AUGAUUAAUUUUGGUGAUUAAGUGGGACAUAAAUUAUUUUGUUACGAUUCUGUUGUCUACACUUAUUCUGGGGAAGAUUUGUUAAUUUUAGAAAAGGACACUAUGAAAUUGAAUAGCAGAAUCAAUGUAGGCGCAUAAAUUUAAACAUUUGCUGUUAAUGGAGAUAUAUUUGUAUUGACUUGCAAUUCCCAAUUUCUGGUGUAUUCUGUAGAUGGGAAAUAAUUACAAAGUAAACACCAUAAAGGAAAGGUAUUCCAACAUGUCUGUUUUCAUAAUGACCAUUUUAUUGCACAUGAUGGAAAUAAUAUUGUUAGAGUAGGAACCACUUGUUCUAAAAUAUAUGAUACAUAAUCAUUUACUAAAAUAAAUUACAUUCAAUAUUCAGGAUACAAGGAACAACUAAUUAUUGCAGAUGAUAAAUAAAUUCAUGUCAUUGGCAAUGAAGACAAGAUCCUUAGAGAAUUCGGACUUGCAGUAACUAUUAUGCAAUUAGAUGAUGAUCAAGAUCUCUUGGCUUGUGGAUUGAGCAAUGGUUAAUUAAUCUUAUUAUAAUUUUCGACUGGUAUCAUUGUGUAAUAAGACCAUUGGCAUGCUCAUUAAAUUAAUGCAUUGUUAUUUGCAGGAGCAUCACUCUAUUCUGCUGGUUAGGAAGGUGUCAUAGUAUAAUGGCAUUUGAGAGUUGCAAGAAAGGCCUUCUUUCCAAGAUAAGGAGGAGAAAUUGUAGCUAUGUGUAGUAAUGAUGAUAAUCUCAUUAUUAAUAUAAAAGGAAUCAAUCAAAUUAAAUAGAUUUCCUUGAUGGGCUAGAAUAAAUUACCCUAUUUUCAAGGAAUUCAUCAUGUUUAUCCUAAUAGUUUCAUCACUUAUUAGAAUAAAUUAAUCACAUAAGGAGCAAAUGGAACCUUAUAAGUUAUUCAUCCUAAUCAAGGAACACUAUUACACAUAAUUCCUAUAUAACAACGAAAUUAUGUGUCUGAUAUUGAAGAUUCAUACAAAAGAGAUAGAACCACAAUUAAUAAAUUUGCCAUGUUGGAUAGAUUUUUGAUUGUUGUUUUGAGUUCUGAACUUAAGUAGACACGGUUGUCGUAUCGUCUAGGAUAGUGA